UCUACGAUUUUUUGUAAACAUUUUAAACUCUUUAUGUAUUUAGUAUUUACUUAUAUGUAAAUUAGCUAAAUUUAUAAGUGUUUAUUAUUUAUUAAUAAUAAUCAAAACGCACAAUGAAAACGUCUCCGGCCAAAAGCUAAACGACAAUCGACAAUUUUAUGUUGUAUUUAUUUAUUUUUUUCUUCUGAAAUGAUGAAAAUAAUGUUGAAAUUAACGUUGGCUCGACAAUGAUCGGUUUGUCGAACGUCGUGUCGAAGAAAACGCAAUGCGUAGCUCUUUUGGUACCAAUUUUGUUGCCAGCCCUUCACAUUUUAGUGCUAGAAAAGUUCUGGAGCGACUUCACGUUUGUAGUGGACAAGGAACAAUGUCGGUGUUCUUGUUGGGACACGGUGUUCAAAGGACCGUACGAAGCCGGCGUAGCUCGAUACAAGCAUAUGUACUUCAACGCGACAGACAAUACGUUCAAAAUGUGGGCGCUGACCGUCGUCUGUACGAUAGUACUGUACGAGUGUUGCAAAAACAUAAUAAAGCUAUGUUUCGAAGGGCAAUUACGGUUUAAAAUGGCACUACUAUUUGUAUUAUCGUUGUUCUCUCAUUACUAUUCUUGGUGGUCUUACGUGAACUACUGGAAUGACGAAUUUUACUCGCAGUGGAACCACCAGAUAGUCUUUACGAUCACCGAAUUGUACUCAACAGCAGUGUUGUACAAAAUUUGUGAUCGAAGAAAAGAAAUAAGAAAAUUUCAUAUGUUUUCCGUGAUCGGCGUGGGAUUAAUACACAUUCUGGCUGCUGGGUUCGAUCAGUUUGUUACAAAUGUGAUCAGGGGUAGCGGAUUUGCACACCAAAUAAUACGAGAUUUAUUUUUGAUGGUGCCCGAUAUGUUGAAUGUCGUUGUGCCAUUACUGGAAAUGAGGAAGAGACGUAUGGUUUCAAAAAGUUACUACGCCGAUGAAACUGGUGGUUAUAAGGAAAUAUGCUUUUUAAUCGCUCUAGUGAUCUCUGGAUUGAUUUUUGUAUCAUUAUUAUAGACAUAUUAUGUAUAAAUAUAUAAGUAUAUAGAUUAUUAAUUUUUUUUUAUUGUGUGUAUACAAAUUUAUUUUUUGGUAACAUAAAUUGGUGCAAUAAUUGUUCUUCGACGUAGUGCAAACAAGCAGUCAAGAGAACACAUUUUUCUCGUAUAACAUUUAUGGCACAGU